AUGGCGGACACUUCCAUGCAGACAGUUCCUACUGUCACAUUCAAGGAGGGAGCAUGUGAGAAUAGUUCACGCGUAAUUUUGAAUAAUACACCAAACGACAUGAUUAGGAAAGUUCCUUCUACAUCAAGAUUCCAAGUGGACAGGGUCAAUUCAGUAACAGACGAUCCUGACGAUGUAAACAAUGCUGUUGAUGAUGCUGAGUCGCCGGUACAUAGAAACAAAGAUGACAGCCGACAGAGCUUCGAUUCACCUGUAUUUGGGUCUAGUCCCCCGGUUUCGCCAACGGAUACUUAUGCCAGCCAUAAUUCAUUUUCAAAUCCUUACGAAUCACAUUUUAAAACGUUUGGAAAAUAUACAACCGAAGCUUUACCACACAUGGACCACUACAGAAAUCUACUUUCUGCUACAACUGCUAUGAAAUCCAGACCCACUCUAGCAGAACUUCACGAAGAGAAGGAUAAUGAUGAAAAUUUUCGCAGCAAAGGCAGGGACAAAUUGUUAGCCUCAGACGAAAAACUUGUGGAAGAGGGUCUAAAGAAAUCUAAGGAAAAGGGUGCUUUAAAGUUUGGUUGGAUAAAAGGAGUGCUUAUAAGAUGUCUGUUGAAUAUCUGGGGUGUGAUGCUGUUUAUGCGGCUUUCCUGGGUGGUGGGGCAGUCAGGGGUGGGAUUCGCCACACUCAUUAUACUCCUGUCUGCUGUGGUCACCACACUCACAUCUCUGUCCAUGUCUGCCAUAUGUACCAACGGCGAAGUCCGAGGGGGUGGUGCCUAUUUCAUGAUAUCACGAAGUCUAGGACCAGAAUUCGGGGGUGCCAUAGGUUUGGUGUUUUCUGUAGCCAAUGCUGUGGCGGUGGCCAUGUACGUGGUUGGCUUUGCAGAAACUGUCAGAGACAUCCUCAAGGUAAACAACGCCCUAAUGGUUGAUGAAGAAAAUGACAUCCGUAUCAUUGGUGUGUUAACCAUUACCUUGUUGCUGUUCAUAGCAAUUAUAGGCAUGGAAUGGGAGGCGAGGGCCCAGGUGAUUUUGUUAGCGCUUUUGUUAGUUGCUAUAGCUAAUUUUAUUAUAGGAACAUUAAUACCCACAACUCCUGAAAAAGUUUCUAAAGGAAUUGUUGGUUAUAAAGGUGAAGUUUUUGUGGACAAUUUAGGGCCAAAAUUUUCUGAAGGGGAAAGUUUUUUCUCAGUUUUUGCUGUAUUUUUCCCUGCUGCUACGGGUAUUUUAGCUGGGGCAAAUAUCUCAGGUGAUUUAAAGAAUGCACAGAAAGACAUUCCAAAGGGAACCUUUUAUUCUAUACUUAUAUCGACGAUUGUGUACAUUGGAAUAGCAUGGAUACUUGGUGCUACAAUCAUGCGCGAAGCAUCAGGUUAUGCUCUGGCGGCAGUUCAGUCAGCUAUAGCUGCCAAUGUUAGUGCUAAUAGUACCUAUCAGUCCAACCAUACCAUGGUAGAGACACUGCAGCCCAGCGCCUUCAGUUUGGCUGGAAACUGCAGUCUGGGAAAUGAUGGCCAGUGUGAAUAUGGUCUUCUCCACGAUUAUCGGGCAAUGGAAAUAGCAUCAGGAUGGGGUCCCAUUGUCACUGUUGGAAUAUUUUCUGCCACACUUUCAUCUGCACUUGCCAGUCUUGUUUCUGCUCCUAAAGUCUUCCAGGCAGUUUGCAAAGACAAAAUAUUCCCGAAAAUCCAUUUCUUUGCCAAAGGUUACGGUGCCAGUGAUAACCCAAGGCGAGCCUACUUGUUAGCUUAUUUUAUAGGUGUAGCAUUCAUAGCUAUUGGUGAUUUGAAUUCUAUUGCCCCCAUCAUAUCUAAUUUCUUCCUGAUGUCCUAUGCCCUCAUCAACUAUUCCUGUUUUGAUGCCUCGCUUGCCAGGUCACCAGGAUGGCGUCCAGCAUUUAAAUACUACUUUAUGUGGUUGAGUCUCCUCGGUGCCUUAGUGUGUAUAGCUGUGAUGUUUAUUAUCAACUGGUGGACAGCCUUAAUAACUUUUGCUGUGAUAGCUUUUCUCUUUGUAUAUGUACACUACACCAAACCAGAUGUGAAUUGGGGCUCCUCUACCCAGGCUCAUGUGUAUAAAAGUGCUCUCCAGUCAGCUCUUAAACUCCUUGCCGUAGAGGAUCAUAUCAAAAACUUUCGGCCACAGAUUUUGGUGCUAACAGGCUUACCUUCAAGUCGUCCGGCCCUGGUGGAUUUUGUGUACACCCUGACAAGGAAAAUCAGUCUGAUGAUGUGUGGCCACAUUCUCAUUGGAAACCAGAGUGAUUGUCUACGUGAGAUCAACAAGAACAAGUCUGGCUCUGUCUACCAAUGGUUCAAACAGCGCAAGGUCAAAUCUUUCUACAGUGUCACCUCGUCACCAACAUUCAGGCAGGGCGCACAGAGCAUCAUGCAGAAUGUUGGAGUAGGGAAGCUGAGACCUAAUAUUUUAGUGAUGGGCUUCAAGUCUGAUUGGCGAACCACCCAUCAUGAGGAAGUGGAUGGCUACUUUAAUACCAUACAUGACGCCUUUGACCUGGAGUUUGGUGUUGGUAUAUUGAGAGUGGCUGGAGGAUUCUUUAAUGAGCCCAAUCAGAAUGACUCUGGUCAUGAGUCUCUAGUUCAGCAUAAACUUGAUGCUGACGAGGAGGAAGUCCCGUCUUUCCCCAGUACCCCGACCAUGCUACGUAAACACAGCCGAUCAUCUGAGGGCUCCAUUCCUGAAAAUAGUGGAGAUAUACCAGGGAGGGAUGAUAGCCAUCAUCUGCUGGUCACAGAAAGUUUGAUCAAACAGCAAGAUAGGUUUGCCAAGAAACAGAAAGGAACGAUAGAUGUCUGGUGGCUGUUUGAUGAUGGAGGUCUUACCUUGUUGAUUCCUUAUAUCCUAACAACGAAGCUAUAUUGGGGAAACUGUCGACUGAGAAUAUUCAUUGCUGGUACAAAGAGGGGCGAGAUUGACAGAGAACAGAGGCAAAUGGCCACAUUAUUAAGUAAAUUCCGAAUUGAAUGUAAGGAAAUCACUGUAGUAGCUGACAUUGGCAAAUCUCCAGAGAAAAAGAGUGAGGUAGAGUUUGACAAAUUACUGGAGGGAUGGAUGUUAGAUGAGGAGAAUGGAGAAACACAAGAAAAAUAUCCUUGGAAAAUAUCAGAGGAGGAAAAAGACUUGCUCCACGAUAAAACAAAGCGGAACAUCAGACUUAAGGAGCUCCUAGUGAAACAUUCAAGUGAUGCAUCAUUGGUUGUCAUGACCCUGCCUAUGCCAAGAAAGGGCACCUGUCCGACAGGUCUGUACAUGGCUUGGCUGGAUACUUUAACUCGUGACAUGCCACCCAUACUCUUAAUCAGAGGCAACCAGUCCAGUGUGCUCACCUUCUACUCAUAACAUGAUCAAGGUUAAUAUUCAUCUCAGCACAGCUUCUG